AUGUGUCACUUCAACUCCCACCUCUUGACCCAAGCUGCCUCCCCUUUUCCUCCCGUCACACGUUCACAAAUGAUAUUCAUGACCUUUAACGACGAUUAUGACAACGACAAUCAAAGCCUUCCUGCCUCCGUCAAGACCCCCACGAUGUACCAUGAGCCCCCGCAGCUCUGCCACUACAACCCAUGUCUGGAGGAUCAGCCGUCAUGUGCUGUUCUUUCCCGGAAAAGUGGCUGCCUUUGUCCGGGCCUGAGUGGGGCCUCUUUGCCACCUAAUGCUCCACGGAUACAAAGUCUGCGACCAGUGAGCGAGGGGCCAGACAGGGGGAACAUCGAGGUACAGUGGUGCGCGCCAUCUUCUGUUGUCAAUGGAUACAGAGUGCGAAUUGAAGGCAAGGAACAGCAGAAGGAGUUUAAAGACACCAAGAGAAGAGGUUUAGUAGGACACCUUGAGGUUGGGACUAAAGUUUGUGUAGAGGCAGUGAACAAGGCAGGACACAGCAGCCCCUCAGAGUUUUCUUGUACGCGCUAUGAGACCCCAACAACCUCCGACUCCAGCGUCAUGGUAGGAGUCAUAGCAGGCGGCGUUAUACUCUUUCUUUUCCUCAUCAUGGCUGUGGUAAUUCUAUGCAAAUACUGUCCCUGUCGAAGGAAAAAGAGAGACUCAGAUGACGGACUAGGAAAUCCUUCUUACACGUUGGGAGGAACCCUAUGA